GAUACCUUGUUGUGUUUUACAGAAUGAAUGAAGAGUCCCCAAAAGGCCUCACCUUCUUUGACAGAGAAUUUUCAUCAGACCUCCUCGCGCAGCUCAACUCUCUUCGACAAGAUGAGGUCUUUACUGAUGUCAUGCUCUGCACGGGCGACAGGGAGUUUUCCUGUCAUCGCAAUGUUCUCGUUUCAAGCAGCCCUUACUUCAAAGCGAUGUUCUGCAGCAACUUCCGAGAACGUUUUCUAUCAAAAAUCACAUUGCCAGGGAUUUCGUCCGAUGCCCUAAGUCAACUUUUGGAUUACGUUUAUACUGGGACGAUCACAAUAACAACAGAAGGCGUGCUGCCCUUGAUGGAAACGGCAGCACUUUUGCAGUACUCCCGUCUCUUUGAGGCCUGUUCUUCCUUCCUCCUGGGACUUCUAAAUCCCAAGAACUGCCUGAGCAUGAUCCGGCUCUCCGAAGCAUUUGGCUGCAGUAAGCUCGGCCAGAAGGCCAAAGACAUUGCGUUGCGCAGAUUUUCUGACGUGGCUGCAUCGGAAGAGUUCAGGGAGCUCUCUUUGAGAGAUCUGAUUGAUUAUCUGGGCGACGAUCAGCUGUGUCUCCAGGAGGAGCAGGUCUUUGAGGUGUUAAUGGCAUGGAUUCACUGUGACCUGCAAAGCAGGAAGGACUCGAUCCUUGAUCUCUUCAGAAACGUCAGACUGCAGCACGUCCACCCAACGUAUCUGUUCCAAUUCAUAGCCAACGAACCGCUGAUUAAGCGUUCCGCCGUCUGCACCGGUUUGAUAGAAGCUUUACGACGCACAACGGCACUCAGUCUCCCCAAAGCCCCACGACGGUGCGCAAGUCAUGAAAGCCUGGUCCUGGUCGGAGGGAGAAAGAACAACCAGCAAACCGCCAGAGAUGUCUUACUCUACGAAGAAGCCUCUCAGAAGUGGCAGUGGCUCUCAAAGUUGCCGCUGCGCCUUUACAAGUCUUCUUCGGUGCUCGUUCACGGCGUCCUCUAUAUUUUGGGGGGCCUGGUCAUGAACGGAAGGAAGGCGGAAGUCACUUCCAACGUGUACACGUUCUCUUUCAAAUCGCAUCAGUGGAGGCGAGCGGACCCCAUGCUCGAGCCGCAUUACGCUCACACGAGCAUCGCUUCGAUGAACUACAUCUUUGUCCUUGGGGGUCUCGGGCUGGCGAAGCAAGUCUCCAAUGACGUGGAAAGAUAUAACAUCGUCUACAACCUUUGGGAAGCCAUGGCCCCGAUGCCAGUAGCUGUCCUUCAUCCGGCUGUUGCCGUUAAAGAUCAAAGAAUCUACGUUUUUGGAGGGGAGGAUGCAAAGCAAUACCCGGUCAGGCUCAUUCAGGUUUACCACAUGACUCGAAAUCUGUGGCACCGCUUAGAAACAAGAACGGUGAAGAACGUGUAUGCACCAGCAGCUGUCCUCGAUGACCGAAUCUUCAUUGUUGGAGGCUACACAAGGAGAAUGAUUGCCUACGACCCGAAGACAAACACAUUUACAAACUGUGCCAGCCUGAAGGAGAGACGGAUGCAUCAUGGAGCCACCGUCAUUGAUAACAAACUCUACAUUACUGGCGGACGAUUCGUUACCAGUUUCAAUGUCAUUCAGGAUUCAGACUGUGUAGACUGCUAUGAUCCUAAAACGGACUGCUGGUCCUCUAAGGGGAGACUACCGUACAAAGUUUUCGACCACGGAGUCCAUGCUUUCCCGAGAGUGGGCGGUGAAGAAACUCCAGUUUGACCUUUUUCUCCACAAAUGGUGCCAAUAAGAAGCAUCUGAUGUGAAAAGUCGCGUGAUAAUAAUUGGUGCGUUUGUUCCAUAUUUGGUCUUUUUUUUUUUUUUAAAUCCAUUCUGGGGAUGACCAUCACGCUAAACGGCCACCAAUGGAAAAUACUGAAGUGUUGUGAAUUUAUAAGGUGCAGGAUUUGAUUUAAAUGUUUUUACACUUGUGGAAUUUUGUUGGAUUUCAUUUGUAAUUCUUUUGUACAAUAAAAAAAAAAAAAAAAGAAGGAUCC